AUGUCUUUGGCUCACUUGAAUCUGAGGGCAUACGAGAAGUUGAUGCAUGUAGGCCUUGAGAAGUGGGCACGAUCACAAUAUUCGACGUCUUCUCAUUUGGUUCUGGAGCAGUGGUUCAACGACAGACUUACGGUUGCACAAGAGAGCGACGAACUUCUUACUCCGGAGGCAUCACAGAAGAUUAGUGCGGAGAUUUCAAAAAGUCGUCAUUACACUGCCAAGAGGACAACCGCUAGAAAAUAUAGGGUUCGUGCUGGUGGUCGCCAUUUUAUGGUUGACCUUCAAGAGCGAAGCUGUGAAUGCAAUGAAUUCAACUUGGACAGCAUGCCUGAGGCGAACGAGUCAGUCUCCGAUUAUGUGGACACUUACUACAAGAGGAGUUCACUGAUUGACACAUACUCUGGUGCCUUUGAUUAUAUGUUUGGAACGAAGAGGCUGCAGAUAGCUGUUCAAAACAUAAAAAUUGUUGAAGAGUUUGGUGGGUACAAUUAUGCAUCAACAAAUCUUGCUGCUCUGUGGUACCGACUGAACGAGGAAAAGGCUGAAUGGAUUAUAUAUGUUACUGAUGUUGGCCAAAGAGAGCACUUUGAAAUGCUUUUUGCUGCGGCCAAACGAGCCGGUUGGCUUCCAGCUGAUGGCAGUAAGUAUCCUAAAGCUAGUCAUGUCGGGUUUGGGCUUGUCCUUGGAGAAGAUGGAAAACGAUUCCGUACUCGCAGUACUGAAACUGUCAAACUGGUUGAUUUACUAAUUGAAGCCAAAAGUAGAUGCAAAACCGCUUUAAUUGAAAGAGGCAAAGAUAAAGAAUGGACUGAGGAGGAGCUUGAUAAAACUGCUGAAGCAGUUGGAUAUGGGGCUGUUAAGUAA